CUGUUCCAUAUAGUUCCCUCUUCUCUCUCUCACUCUCUCUACAACACUCAUUGACUAGUCGUUAAACUCAUCAAGACUUGUUCUUCCUUUUUUCUCUCUUUAAUUUCUCAUAUAACUCCCUUCUUCUUCACUCUCUUCCAUGUUCAAAAAAUGGAAACAAAAACUUCACAAAAAAUCAAAGUCCACAAAACUAUCACUACUAAGUAUGAUCAGAACAGGUUGACUCCUAGAGUUGUUCGGAUUUGUUAUACUGAUUGUGAUGCUACUGAUUCUUCAAGCGACGACGAUGACGACGAGAGGAAUCGAGUGAAAAAAUACGUUACAGAGAUUAAAUUUGAGAAGAGAGUAGCCGCCGUAGAUGUGAGGAAAUCGUUGAUUUCGAAAAAGAAGAAGAAGGUGAUCGAUUUGAAGAGAGAUGAGAAUGUUAAGAAGUUUCGCGGUGUUAGACAGAGGCCAUGGGGAAAAUGGUCUGCGGAGAUUCGAGAUCCGGUGAAAAAGACAAGGGUUUGGUUAGGUACUUUUGAGACGGCUGAAGAAGCUGCUAGGAAAUAUAAUAUAGCCGCUAUUCAAUUGCGCGGAGCUGAUGCUAUCAUUAAUUUUAUUGAGACGCCUUUGGAAAAGGAAAAGGAAAAUAUAAUCACUUCAGUAUCGGAUUAUGAUUCUACAGGGGAAUGUGAAAACCUCUGUUCUCCCACCUCAGUUUUGAGGCAGAACAACAAUCAUAAUAAUAAUAAUAAUAAUAAUAAUAUUAAUGAUGCUGCUGCGGCUGCGGCUGCGGCUGAUGCUAAAAUUACCAAUCAGGAGAUGAAUGACGAGAGCAAAAAAAUGGAAAUCGAUCAAAAUGGAUUUAUGUUUGAUGAUAAUUUGCCAUUAAUGGAUCAGAGUUUCCUUAAGGAUUUCUUCGAUUUUCGGUCACCUUCUCCAUUGAUGGAUGAUGUAUUAUUACCAGGUUUUAGCGAUGGAAUGGGAUUAUUACCAGAAGUGUUAAGUAUUCACGGAAAUAGAAUGUUGGAUGAAGAUUUGGAGACUUGUAAGUGGGCAAAUGAUUUUUUCCAAGAUGUUUGUUGAUGAUGGCUAUGGAGAAACAAUCAAAGUAAAUAUAUU